AUGGGUAUGCUCCUUCUCCUGGGCCAGAGCGCCUGUAUGUUCAUAGCGAGUUUUGUGGUCGGCAGUAUACCAUUAUGGAUCAAAUCUGCGACGACGGGAAGACGGUUGAAGAUGAUAUCGGUUCUCGGGAUGGGUUUAUUGGUCGGUGCAGCUCUGACUAUCAUUAUACCUGAAGGAGUAUCAACUCUGUUCGAUGCCUUACCAACCGAGAGGCAAGGUCACGAUGAGAGUGCUAUACAUGCUACUGGAAUCAGUCUGUUACUUGGUUUUGCGUUGAUGCUCCUGAUCGAGACUCUCACUCCCCAUCCUUCACCUUCCCCACCUCCUUCACCACCUUCCUCUCGAUCUCACUCUCCCGCAUCUUCAAUAGAUUCCGCGCACCGUCCACUACCUCAACAUAUGAACUCACACACUCCGUUACAGUCUAAACCCAAGAAACUGCACGUACACGACUACGAUGACUCCGACGGACUGAGUGGCAGUGUACAUGGACUGAACGCUACUUUGGGUAUGGUCAUUCAUGGUGCUGCGGAUGGUAUCGCUUUAGGUGCAAGUAGUUUGUCGGGGAAUGGUAGUUUGAGUCUGAUCAUUUUCUUGGCAGUUCUGGUACAUAAAGGUCCUACUGCUCUAGGUCUUACUACCACACUUUUAUCUCUCAACCUCGCCCACACUGCUAUCAGGAAACGCUUGAUCAUAUUCUCGUUUGCUGCACCAUUCGGAGCCAUAUUAACUUACCUCCUGAUCAGAGCUUUCGGCUCUGCUAAUUUAGGUCAAGGCCAUAGAGGUGAUGUGGAUGCUAUCGGAUGGUGGACUGGGAUAGCUCUGCUUUUCUCGGGAGGAUCCUUCUUAUACGUCGCAACUGUCAUACAACCUCUUUCAUCCCAUCCACACGAUCAUCAUUCUCAUGUCGAAUCGGGUGAUCCAAAUGGUCAACAAAGUCAAGAGCCGCAAUUGGGCAAAUACGAACGUACAUUAUUGUUAGUCUUGGGUAUGGGUUUACCUGCUAUGCUCAGCUGGUUGGUGGGUGAUGCACAUUAG